CCGUGCCAAGUAUACCACUGUUCUGCGGGAGUAGUGACAGCCACAAGAAGACAGUGUUAUGCGCCGUGUUCAAACCCAGUCCCAGUACCAGGGAAAUGUUGUCCCCAGUGCAACGGAUGCAGCGUGGAAGGGAAGAUGUAUAGAAAUGGGCAGAGUUUUUCUCUGAAAUCCGACCCAUGUACACAAUGUACCUGCAAGAAAGGAAAUGUUCAAUGCAGUAAACGUGCAUGUCCAGUUUUAAACUGUCCACCUGAGGUCAUUUACACACCAAAAGGAACAUGCUGCCCACGCUGUAAUGGUUCAAGGACGUUUUUCGACUUGGGGAAGACGCGCUGUUUAUUCAGAUACAAGGUGUACAAGGAGGGCCAGUACAUGCCGCUGGAUAAGUGCACGGGUUGUACUUGCAAGACUGGAACUAUGGUGUGUGAGAGCGAGACUUGUCCACCACUCACGUGCGCUGAGGACGAGAUUAUUCGAGAUGAGGGAUCCUGCUGUGCAAGGUGUAAACCCAAGAAAAAGUGCGAAUACAAUGGUGUUCUUCACGAGCAUCGAGCAACAUGGAAGCCAGAUCUCUGCACCACCUGCACUUGUGACAAUGGUUCCAGCAAGUGCGAGCUAGAACAGUGCAGCAACCGACUGGAGUGUCCCCCCAACCACCGCCUCCAAAUGGUGUAUGGACAGUGCUGCCCAAAAUGUGUAGAAGAAGAUGCAGUGUGCGCUGUCUUCGGGGACCCCCACUACCGGACCUUCGACGGGCGAAUUUUCAACUUCCAAGGCACGUGUCGCUACGUGUUGGCCCAGGACUGUGCAAAUAACUCCUUCUCCGUCCGCGUGCAAAACCACGCCCGAUCCACCCACUCUUUCGCAUGGACAAACCGAGUCAGCAUCCACCUGGGAAAAACAAAAAUAGUUCUCCAGCAAAAUUUAGUCAUUAAAGUGGACAAUAAAAAAGUGGACAUUCCGCAUGUGAAGCUGGGGGCGUUCUCUGUAAUGAAGAGCGGAUAUUCCGUCAUCGUACGGACUAAUGUUGGACUCAAAGUGAUUUGGGAUGGCGACAGUUACGUCGAGGUCGCAGUUCCGGCGAAAUACAAAAGUAAAAUGUGUGGACUGUGUGGAAAUUACAACGGAAUCGAAGCAGAUGAUUUCAAGGGUAAGAAAGGAGGACUCUAUCUAAAUGCGGAUAAAUUUGGAAACUCCUGGCGCAUAGGCAGCAGAAAAUCUUGUUACAAAUCACACGCAAAGAAAAGAUCAAGAGGCAAGAAGAACAGAUACGAUGCAUCGUGUAACAACGAUUUCACGAAGAAAACCAGAGCCGCCGAAGAAUGCAGCAUUCUUAAGGGACAAGUGUUCUCCCAAUGCCGUUCUAAGGUGCCACUGAAGCAUUAUUACAGGUCGUGUAUUACAGACAUGUGUGAGUGUCCCAGUUCUCGACAGAAUUGCGUGUGUGAAUCUCUGAAAGCGUACGCUCGUGAGUGUGAGCGCAAGGGCGUUAAGAUUGACUAUAGUCAAACAACGUGCAAGGGAUCCCGGUGACGUAACUCAACCGUGUUUUCGCCAUUGGAAUAUUAAAGUAUUUUCCGACCUCGUGGUGCUGUGAUGUGACGUCAGAGACCUGUGAUAUUUCCUACCUCACCGUAAUCUCAUGACCACAGCGAUGAUAUAUUACCUGGUGCUUCCCUGUCCACGCCUUUCGUGUUAUUCUUAAGAAAAACAUUGCAUUGCGGCAGUGGGAAUAACUAAAUUAAAACGUCGCUUCAGGAAAAUAACUUUAUUCCCAGUCUUCAGACAAUCUUGUGCUAAAGUAGAAACCAUAGUUGGUGCUAAGCAGUAAUUUUAUGCCCUGUUGUUGAAAGAAAAUAUGUUUUAUUUUAUACUUAAUAGUCGUUAGGAUUCAAUCAACGUCGCCAAUGACACAUCUUCUGAGAAGAUGUAGUGUCACAACCGGUAUUGUGUUGCUUGUCUCAGCAACUGCAAUCCGCAUCAAUGCAGCUUAACUUGAAAAAUACUCAAUUUAAAGUCAGUAAGUCUUGCCUAGUAUAGCUAAUAUGAUAUUGUAUUGCUACUGAAAUCUGAGAUUUUAUCAGCAUUAAUUUUUUCUGUAAAAUAUUGUUUUAUUAGGAGUGUCUCCUGUUUUAUAUAUAUAUAUAUAUGAGACUCAUUACCACAUGUACAUGGAUACACUUUCAGGUCUGUCUAUCAAAUGGAUUUAGAGACUUGGUUUAAUUAUUUUUCAUAUUUAUCUACAAACAAUUAUAUAUAUUGGGUGAUAGUCUUUUAUAAUUGGAAUUACGGAUUUGUCUGGCAGGUUUUGAUUUAUAUUGAGAUGUCAGAAACGAUUUUGCUGUUUGUCAAAGAAAAAAGUUCUAUGAUAAAAAUACA